AUGAAGAAAGAGGCCACUAAGAAGGAGCAGGAGAAGAAAGACAUGGAAGAUGUUGUUGAACAGGAAAAGCUAGUCGAAAUAAGGAAUCGACGACCCCCUGUUAUGGACAACGUGUUCAUACGUCCUGCGAUGGAAGGGAAGCGAGUUCCUGGCAAGGUCGAGAUCCAUCAGAAUGACCCUAUCAUCAUUGGCAACAAGAAGAAGACAAAGGAUGUGCAGUUCUAUCGAGAAGCAACAGAUAUCCAGUUUGACGAAACUGGUAAUCGAAAACGAAAAUAUCGCCACGGUGACGAGGACGAGUUCGAGCAAGAGCAAGAAGAUCGUCGACACAGAGCUGAUCUUGAUCGGCAAUUCAAGAGUUUUGCUGAUAAGAUUGCAGAGGCUGGCAAGAACGAAGGUGUUGAAGUUGACAUGCCGCUUAGAGAGCUUGGGUUCAACGGCGUCCCGUUCCGAAGCAAUGUUACGAUCCAGCCGACAACAGAUUGUCUUAUUCAGAUCACAGAGCCGCCCUUCCUAGUUGUUACACUAGAUGAUAUCGAAGUUGCUCAUCUAGAGCGUAAUGAGAGCGAUGACGAUGACGGCCAAGAAGAGGAAGAGGAGUCUAACUUUGAGAUCGACGAAUCCGAGCUCGAGGAAGCUAGCGAGUCCAGCGAAGACGAUUCGGAAUACGAUAGUAACGCAUCUGAAGACGCUAGUGAUGAAGGCUCGGAAGAUAAGGAGGACGACGAGGAAGGCGAGGACUGGGAUGAAUUAGAGAAGAAGGCGAAGCGAAAGGAUCGAGAGAGCGGUCUUGAGAAGAAGACCGUAGCCGCAAUAAGAAGCGACGCCACUAGAUUCUUCGCCUGA